GGCUUAGUCAAAUCCACACGCCCAUCUUCUAAAUGGGUCGUAUCCUUCGACCCGUUUCUAAACGGGUUCAACUUCCCAAGCUCCUCGUUCUCCCUCACCAACGUCACAUCUGUCUGAAGCUGCUCCCUCUCCGCCCCGCUCCUCAAAGCAUGCAUUUACAUGGAUUCAGAGCAAGGGUUGCUCUGUGGUCAAUUUCAAAUUGCCAGUAUCACCAUAGCCGUAAAAUCAAAUUCUCUCGAAAUCUUGCCACCUCAACAACAGCAGGAUUAUCUCCAUGGUCUAUGCAAAAGCAAGUUGUCGAUGCACUCUGCUCGGGUGAGAGAAAAAAGGCUUCCGACUUACUUUUGGAUUUCGGUUACAGAAGCCGCUCAUUGAAAGCUGAUGAUUUUGUUGGUAUUUUAAACUACUGUGCACGCUCUCCUGAUCCAUUGUUUGUUGUGGAGAUUUGGAGAUUAAUGGAGUUAAAAGAUGUUAGCAUGAAUAAUAUAUGCUCCUCUCUUAUGAUGGAGGCCCUUUGUAAAGGGGGUUACUUGGAUGAGGCCUUUAAUUUGAUGGAUUUUCUUGGAGUAAGUCAACAUCUCCGUCCACUUCUCCCGCUAUACAAUAUUCUCUUAAGAUCCUGCGUGGAAUCAAAGAGUAUAAUUCAAGCAAGCAAAUGUUUGGAAUUAAUGGAAAAACAAAUGGUGGGAAAGAAUGAAGCUACAUAUUCUGAGCUUCUCAAGCUUGCAGUUUUGCAGAGAAGCUUGCCUACAGCCCUUCUAAUUUGGCAGGAGUAUAAUAAACAUCACAGUAAGAGUAUCAUUGCUUUGCAUAAAUUUAUUUGGACCUUUAUAAGGUUGGGAGAUUUAAAAUCGGCAUAUGAAGCACUACAACAGAUGGUGUCAUUACCCAUGACGGGGAACAUUGCUGGAACAGUUUAUGGGAAGUUUUAUUCUACUAUAUUGGACAUCCCUGUACCUUCAAAUAAAAAGCUAGGCCCUACCAUGUUGGACUUUAUGGGGGACAAACAACUGGACUCCUGUAUACACCCUUCUAUUAUGUAUUUACCAGAUGCUAUUUCUGCAAGUAUAGAAAAGGGGCAGCCUGGUGUCCGGAAAGGGGUUCAACCACUUGGUUUAGCACACCAAACUAUUUCUACGGGAAAUAAAAAAGUGAAGAUUGCUAAAUUAGAUGAGCUGAGUAGACGAAAACACUUACAGCUUAUGAAGGUUUUAAGGUGGUCUUUUAAUGAUGUAAUACACGGGUGUGCAAAAGAAAAGAAUUAUAUGCUCGCUAAGAAGCUUAUUGUUCAGAUGAAAAUUCUUGGUGUGAAGCCAUCCAGCUGUACAUAUGAUGGCAUUAUUCAAGCAGCUUCUUUUCAAAGUAAUUUUCGGGAUGGCUUGGGAGUGUUAAAAAUAAUGCAGCAGGAGAAUUUGAAGCCACUCAAUUCAACUCUAGCAACACUUUCAGUCAUCUGCAGCAAAGCACUGCAACUAGAUUUAGCAGAGUCUUUCCUGGAUCGGAUUUCUGAAUGUCUAUCUCCGCAUCCUUAUAAUGCUUUGCUAGCAUCAUGUAAUGUACUGAAUCAACCUGAGCGUGCUGUUCAAGUGUUCGCCAAGAUGAAGCAGAUAAAACUUUUACCUGAUAUUAGGACAUACGAGCUGCUAUUCUCGCUAUUUGGUUUUGUAAAUUCCCCAUAUGAACAUAGUAAUAUGCUAUCACAAUUGCAUGUUGCAAAAAGAAUAAAUGCUAUAGAAAGGGAUAUGGCCAACAAUGGCGUUCAGCACAGUCACCUUUCAAUGAAAAACUUAUUGAAUGCCCUUGGAGAAGAAAGGAUGAUAAGAGAGCUGAUCGAGUAUUUUUAUGUGGCAGAGAAACUUUUCGUUUAUGGAAACCCGUCAUUGGCAACAGAUAUUUACAACGUAGUGUUGCAUCAUCUUGUUGAAGCCCAAAAAGGUCAAAUUGCAAUUAAUAUUUUCAAGAGGAUGAAGUUAUGUGGCUACCACCCUGAUUCCGAAACGUACAAUAUAAUGGUUGAUUGUUGUAGCAUCUUAAGAAGUUACAAAUCUGCUUCUUUGCUGAUUUCAAUGAUGAUUCGUCAAGGGUUUAGCCCAGUGACUUGUACAUAUACUGCUCUUAUUAAGAUUUUGUUGCAAGAUGAGAAAUUUAAUGAAGCCUUGAAUCUUUUGGAACGAACCAGAUUGGAUGGCAUCCAACUUGAUGUACUUUUGUUUAAUACAUUUCUUCGCCAAGCAUGUUACAAGAGAAGGAUCGACAUAAUUGAGCUUAUUGUGGAGUAUAUGCACCAAGAGAAAGUUAGACCCAAUCCAGUGACUUGCGGCUAUGUCUUCUCUGCAUAUGUGAACUCAGGUUUUCACAAUACAGCAAUAGAAGCAUUGCAGGUUUUAAGUUUGCGUAUGAUGUCAGAAGAUGGCAAUAUUCUUAGAGAGAAGAGGAGAUUUGUGGAUGAAUUCAUCCUUGCUGAAGAUUCGGCUGCUGAGUCAGAUAUACUAGUUAAAUUAUUUGAAGAUUCUGAAGAUGAAUUUGCAGUUGGGUUGUUGAAUUUAAGAUGGUGCGCUGUACUUGGGUUUCCAGUUUGCGAGUCAGCUGAUCAAAGCUUAUGGGCUAAAAGAAUUGAAUUACAAUUCCAUAAAAGGCGGCUAAAAGAAUCGAAUUACAAUUCCUUCAAAGGCUAGUGGCCUGGUUCCUUAAGGGGAAAGUAGUUGUGAUUUCUUAUAAGUCCUACCAAACAUGCAUUCAGAUGCAAUUUGCUUGAUGAAGGGUGUUUACACUGAUUUUUUUUUUUGUAAAAUCACAUGUAAAUUAAUUAUUUUAAUGAUCAGAUCCUAUUUUAUGGGCUCUCCAAGUCCGACAGCUUACCGGCA